UAAAGUGGGCGUUUAUAUAUGUAUACUUUUACAGUUUUUUCCUUUAGUUAUUACUUAUUACUUAGUUUUAUGUUGAACACGAUGGUUGUUUUUAAAGUGGGCUUCUUUUAUAUAUGCGCGGUAUUUUUUCUUGGGAGCAGUCACAAUUAUAGUGAAGGAUGCAGUAAAGAUUCAACUGGUUCAUCUGCUGCUGCAAGACUCUCAAAUGAUUUGUUUUGCUCUUACAAUAAAAACAUAAGACCUGUGAUGAACCAAUCGUCUCAGACGUCUGUUAAUACCAAAUUUUACAUUUUCAAUGUCCAUAUGAACGAAAAACGGGACAUUUUACAAUUGAGCAUUCAAUUAAUUAUGGAAUGGAAAGAUGAAUUUUUAGUUUGGGAUUCUUCAAAAUAUGACAACAUUCAAUACAUGUAUGAAGAAUCAACCCAUAUUUGGUUACCUCAUAUUAUGUCAUAUAAUAUGGGAUUCAAUGGUGAAGAUAAUAGAGAGUAUUCUUAUUUUUUACCCUUAAGUACAGUGAAAAUAUCUAAUAAAGGCAAUGUUACAUACAAUCAUCGUGUGACUCUAAAUGCUCAAUGUUCAACCAAUAUAGCUAAAUGGCCGUUUGAUUCCCAUAAUUGCUCUUUUCAAAUAGGAUCUCCUAUCUAUACCGAUUUAUACGUAAACUAUACUUUUUCAAAUGAUGAAUAUUAUAAUUUGUAUUUUUAUGAACCUGAUGGAGAAUGGAAACUUAACUCUAUACAACAUGAGUAUGUGAAUAUAAACAAUUCUAUAAAUAGCUUUCUACGAUACGAAAUAUACAUUGCUCGAUUCUCAUCCAUCUACUAUUCAUCCAUUAUAAUCCCGGCAGUUGUGAUAUCGUUGAUGAGAAUUUUUACGUUCUUAAUGGGUCGUGAAUCCACCCUUCGAUUAAUUGUAUUAUGCUUAAUUUUCAUUUCCGAAUUGUUGUACAUACAAUUUUUGGACACGAAAUUACCAAAUAAUGGCAAACAAACUGUAUACAUAAUUCUAUUGUACCGCAACUCACUAAUUCUAACAGCAAUAGCACUUGUUAUAACUGUGAUUAGUAAUGAAAUUUAUAACAGAGUACUGAUGAUUUCUCGUAAUGGUCCAGAAUGGCUCAAGUCUGUAUUGAAAUUUUUUUUAAAUAAAAUAUCCAAUUGCUAUGCUAACAAAUUUUCACACUCAGGGAGCAGAACUUUUAAUUGAAAAAAACGUGGAAGAGGAAUCUCCCAGUACUCAGAGAGACGAAAAUGCUUUACUUUGGAAAACAUUGUCCAUCUUAUUAGAUCGUUUAUCGUUUAUAAUUGUUUUCGUAAUUUCAUUGAUAAAUUUAUGGGUUUUAAUACCCUAGGUACUUGUAAAUUUAAAAAAAAAACAACGAUAACUUUGUUUAAUUUCUCUUAUAACUUAAAAAGAUAUAAAAAGAUUAUACUGGAUAUACCUUACAUACCAUUGCAUCGUCAAAUAUAUUAAUUACAAUAAU